UGUCAAGUAGUGCCGUGCAAAUUCCGUCGCUUGUGUCAUCCGUGACCGUCAGCGAAGGAUCAAUCGGACCAUAUUUGUGUUAAAAUACUUGUUUUCUAAUAAUUGUACAAAAUGUCUCGGCCAGGAGAUAGACCUAAUCAAGCGCAGACGUAUAAACUAGUCGUCGUGGGCGGUGGUGGUGUUGGGAAAAGUGCUAUCACUAUACAAUUUAUCCAGAGCUACUUCGUGACUGACUACGACCCUACGAUUGAAGACAGCUACACGAAGCAAUGCGUGAUAGACGAUAUUCCCGCGAAAUUGGACAUCCUGGACACGGCGGGUCAGGAGGAGUUCUCCGCGAUGCGCGAACAGUACAUGCGCUCAGGCGAGGGCUUCCUCCUGGUGUUCUCCGUGGCCGAACACUCCAGCUUCGACGAGCUGUACAAGUUCCACAAGCAGAUCCUCCGCGUCAAGGACCGGGACGAGUUCCCCAUGCUCAUGGUGGGGAACAAAGCUGAUCUGGAGGCGCAGAGAGUGGUAUCACUAGAAGAGGCCCAAGCCCUCUCCCGCCAGCUCAAAGUGCCAUACAUCGAGUGCAGCGCCAAGGCCCGCAUGAACGUCGACCAGGCCUUCCACGAGCUCGUGCGCCUCGUCCGCCGCUUCCAGGAGGCCGAGAGAGUCCACAUCAAGGCCGAGCACGGCAAGAAGAGCAAGAAAUGCGCAAUUUUGUAACGUACGUAAGGUUUUGUGUUCAGAUGCUGUUAAGUCUUUGCUGGAAGUCAAGGUUAGAACACCAGUUUAUUGAGUAUAUUUAAAUUUGAAGUUUAUUUUUUUGUAAGUCAAUGCAGCCAAAUCCGUCUGCGGGAAAUUCCGUACACGUACAUGUUUAAAUUGAUUACAAUUUAAUUGUUUCAUUUGUGUAACGAUUAGUCAUACAUAUAGUUAGAUUUCGUUACACAAAGGAAUCAAUUAAAUUUUUACGAUAACUUUUAACUGUGUUCAAUUUCAAGAAAUGGCUCCAUUAUUUUAGCGAUGUUGAGGCUCGGUAUUAUACGAAAGAUCGGUUCGAAAUGAAAACUUAUUUACUACUAAUUAAUCGUAAUAUAAGAUUUAACACAACAAAAUUUAAAUCAAUCUAAUUGUGAAAGAAACGAUAAAAGAAAGAUCAUUAAUAUCAUUAUGAAUUUAAUUAACAGCAAAGCUAAGACUUAACAGUAAAUUAGGAAUAAAUGAGACUAGCUAGCUGUCAUGUUUGCCCUUAAAACCUUUGUUCAGGUUUAUAGAGUUACAUAUAUGACCGUGCAGUCAGUAUCAAAAAUUCUAAAGUAGCGGAUCAGAUUACGCGUGAAAAGCAUCUACCAUUCUCUCAUAACUUGACAAAAAGAGAUGUCUCUAUAGACAUAGAGCAUAUUACGAAUGCGGAAAGUAAUCGGGGGUGGCAAAUACUUUAUACGCGUUAUUUCAUACGCUACUAUUGAUGCUCACUGUACACUAUAUAUCUAGCUAAACAGAACUGUACCUCUAAUAAUCUGAACAUGUAAAACAUAUUUUUAUAUCACAAUAUUUAAUAUUUAUUUUUUGUUCCGUGAGAUUUGUUUUUUUACUCUUUACAUUUUUUUAAAGCAUAGACUAUAUAAGUCUAGGUAUUUAUUCUUAUUUUAUUUAGGUUGUUCUUAAGCUUUAUUACGGGAUAGUUAUGAUUUGUUGGUGGAUGCAUUUAUUGUUUCAAAUAUUAGGAGUAAAAAAUAAUUACAAUGCAUCAAUUACAUUUUUGUUGUUAUUUUUCCAUAUAUUAUUUUAGUGGUGCUAUAUUUCUUUUACUAGUGCCAUACUUCAAAUUUCUACUGAGAGAAAAGAACACCAAAUAUCGCUUUAAAAUUAAGGCUUUAAUUUUAACAGUUAUUUUGCUGUAUUGUUAAUGUAUACGGCCAUUUAGAUAUACCGAAUUUAAGGUUGCAUAAGGCGUAUGUUUGUCAAAAAGAUAUAGCUAUUGUGUAGCAAAAAUUUUACAUACAAAUUUCGUUACACAAUGGAACUUACUAAAUUUUAUACUGUUUGUACCUAAGCUUUUGAUAUGAUAGUGUUAUAUUUUAAUUUUCAUCUCUUAUCAAUUAAACUCAUAUAAUGGUCGUAUACAUUUAAUUAGCGCUAUAUGAAGGCGGUGCUAACAUUAUCGACUUAGCUUUUAGCAGUAUAUCUUUAUACAUUUUCGAGUCAUUUUGUCUAUGGGAUUUGAUCCCAAUUUAUCACCGAAGAAGGGUAAAAUUAGAAAAAAAAGUUAAAAAUUGUUUAUACCGACUACUGAAAUAAGCGUGGAUAUAGUAAGUAAGGUGGACCGGGCUAAAGCGACUAUGGGGCUAUUGUCUAUUUGAGUUCUUUUUUUAAACUACGUGAAUUUAUAAGAGCUCCUCAUCUUGUGACAAUAACUUGAGCUACUUGGAAGUACGCGUAAAACGUAACAGGGCGUUUCGACCAAUCGUAUUCGAGAAAUAGCAAACAAACGUAAUAAACCCAUAGUUGCAUUUACUCCUUAGUUUCAUGUCACCCUGUGCUGUCCGGCCUGGGCCAUUUAAAUAAAGAAGACUUUCAAUCACGUAUCAAGAGUCUAAGGUAUUUUUUACUUUUACGUCCCUUGAUGUAUGUAAAUAACUAUUCUCUCCCAUUAUUAAGUUGUUGUCCCAUUAUUAAGUUUAAUACUAAGAAAAUCAGUAACAAAACUAGGACGUCCCCCGAAUGUUUGUAAACCAAAUACUAAUGUUUAUGUAUUUUGUUAUUAACAGUUUUUCGGUAUUUUAAUAUUAGCUAGCUGUAGUCUUGUAAUUCGAUGUUCAACGGCUGAAACCCUGGACACUGUUUCUUUUAACUGUCUGAUCUGAAUAAUUGAAUUAUUUUGAAAAUCCAGAAAAUAUUUAAAUAUUAGUGAGAACUUGAAAUGUGUUUGACGCGAACGACACAAAUUAUAUUUGCUUAAAAAAUAUAAACGUGAUUUAGGGCAUUCCAUGAGAGUGUCGCUUACAUAACACCAUUAUUAUAAUACUUCUGAAAAUGCAGAGAAAACGGUAUUGGGUGUUGUAAUAUUUUAUGACUUGGCUAGUAAAUUGGCAGUAUAUUUUCGAGCUUUACGGAUUUCAUUGAUAUAGCUGCCAUACAAAGCAACAGCUUUACAUAUACGUAUUUCUCGCGGAACGCCCUACUUGUGUUUAUUUAUUUUAAAAUAAUUUAAUGACGGGAAUAUAUUUAAAAGAUCAGUGUCAGUUUUGAGCCAGCAUAACAAUAAUUACAUAAUAGGAUGCACAUUUUGUAGUUGUUUUGUAAAGAGAUAUACAAUAAAUAUAUUUUUGUAACGUUGUAUUUAUUGGUUCGGGCUUUUGCUGUGCGGUUUGUGGUGCACAAAUUUUGAUACGGUUUUACAAUCAUUUUAACGUUUGUAGUAGUUUUUACAGUAACUUGAAUAUUUUAACUACAAGCUUGUAUAUAUAUGUAUGUGUAAACAAUGUUAGGGAAUUAUAUGAUUGAUGUGAAAGGUCCCAAAAUAUUUAUUCUAAUACUUACGGUAACGGUAAAUUGAGGAAAUAAGAAACCUAGUAACGGAGUCCUUUCGUCGAUAAUUUAUCCGACUCCAUUAUGUAACGCAAAUUAAUCGUAUUGUUAAUAUAUAUUUCGUUACGCAAUGGAAUCAUUAUUAGGCGAAUUGAAGCCUAUUAGAUAAUAUUACUUGUUUUGAAUUUGACCAUACAUAAUUAGACUGCAGAAUUAAAUUACCUAUUUAACCAAAUUGUGUGUCUAAACAUGUCUAAUCUGUUUGAUGAUAUCGUAGUAAAUAGGUGAGCUAACACACUGCCAAUGGUGCCGAAGUGCAUAGUUUCUCUACAAUAGAUAUGACUUCUACAAUAGUUUAACAAAUAUAAUUUUAUACUAACUAUACCUAUAGUGUAACAGUCUAAUUUUUGAAAUAGCAUUUUUUGGAAGUAAAAAUAAAUUCCUAAAAAUCAUUUAAUUACAAACACAUUUCGUUUGGCACGUUUUAAUGUAAUGGAUUUUUAAUAAUUUUACCUAAAGUUAGCAGGCCCUAACACACUUGGCAUCCGGGUUUUGUUUGUGAGUAUUUUUUUAUUUUUAUUGCAAUGAAUAGUGUCACAAUUCAAAAUUCAUAUAAGAUCUGAAUUUGAUUAUAGUAUUUUUCACAUAACUUGGUAAAGUGACAUAUGUCACCAUAGCCAAGCUAUGAGACAAAAUAUUAUUAUUAAUUAUAUUUCAUCGAUAGGGCGUUUUUAAAUCGCAUGGAGUGACAGUGGCACUAUUUGAGUGCGAUAUUUUCUUUGUUAUAUUUAUUAAUACCUAUCAAUAAUGCCUCUUAUUAAACCAGUAUUGUUUUUGUUGUGAUUUACUUACUCAAUACUAUUACGUUUACUUAAGUACAAGACACGUUAGUGUCAGUCCAAAUGCAAUUCUGAAUCAUUCGCAUUACGCAUAAUACUUGUUAGUGUGUUUCUUAUCUAUUGUUAUUAUGAGAAUUGUCAAUAAGUAAACAAAAUAAUUUAAAUUGUUUAUGAAAGGUGGAUUCACUGCAAUUUGACAAACGAAAUACUUCGUUGAUGCCAUUAUUUGACAGUUAUGUCUAUGUAUGUACAUACACAUGUGUGUGAUUAAUUUUCGUAACAAUGGAAUCAUUUAAUUGUGGGCGAAUUUAGGCUAUUCUAUUUUACUUAGUUAUUAAAAAAACAUCGAAGUUCAGCCUUAUGCUUAAUUGGUUCUAUAUUUUUUAGAUAAUGUAGUAAAAUGAGAUAGUUUUGCUAACUUUGUUUUACAUAAUGAUAAGUAGGGGUAGGUAUGUCUGAAAUUGUAUUGUGAAUCGACCUUUUACUGGAGUCAUAAUUGAUUAAUUUAAUUUGCGCAAUUAUUUCCUUAAAAGGAAAUAAAUGGAAUGUAUUGUUAUUACUAAUAGCGUUUGUAAGCAUCGAUUGUAAGAGAAAAAUCCCUUAUUCGGACCUUUUUCGACAUUGUCCAUUUGUCCCUCUCAUUCAUACGUUGUUAAAAAGAGACCAAUGAGUUAUGUCGAGAAACGUUACCGUACUAACAGCAGCACAUUCAAAAUGCCUUGUGAGCUUUUCGUUUGUUAACCCUUCGACCGCCACGCCUAUCGUGUACGGUGCGUCAUCGUGCACCUUGUCAAAACGCAUGAAGAUUGAUAUUGGGAUGUAGUCGCGCGCAUCAAUUUGACGGUCAAAGGUUUAAAAAUUCAAGGUUUACAAUUGUAAACCACUUGAUCAUUAGAGUAUGUUGUUGUUAUAACCUGCAAUAAUAUCUUGUACAACGAAGGUCAUACAUUUUUGCGGGCUUCGUUGUGUCAGAUAAUACUGAAGGUAUUAGGGGGUCAGAUGUUAAGGGUCUCCCGACUAAACCGUUAAUGUUGUCCAGCUAAUGUAUUGUACCUAAUAAACACGGCAAUAACA